GGAUAGUUGUUUAAUUUUAACUAUUUUCUACACAUUUCAAUAGAAAUAAACAAACGUAAACACGAAUCUCUCGAAAAAAGAGCAAACAUUAAGCAGCCUGACCAAACAAAUCGUCGCAGGCGCAAUCUGUACACAGCCAUAAAAAAAUCAAAUAUCGAACACAAACGUCACAUAUUAACCGCUCACUCAACCCUACAAUAGCCAUAAAGAAUUACAAUUAAUCGCUGCGACGAGAAAUGCCACCGCGUUAAAAAAACGUCAAAAUAUCUAUGCCCCCACUGGGCCCACUGACUACUGACCGCCAAUGGGGGAGCCCGUUUGGCGGCUCGCUACCACUUUCGGGCCAAUGGGGCUCCCCGGGGCGGAGCCUGGAGCGCCGCGCGGCGUUUCGCCCCCAGCGAAAACCUUUUCGCCUCCAGUCGUUUACCGAUAAGCCUGAGGGAUGGUCGGUUGUUAUUACAUUCGGUACGUGAGCGGAUGGCUCGGGGCAUAAUCGAUAAUGCGGAAGGCAAGCCAGUGACUGUUGUGAUAUGAGACAUUUUGUGUUCUGUGAUAUGUUUGCCUUAGUAUAGAUAGCAUGAACCUUUAUAUGCAGUGUCACCGCGAGCUGUGAGAAGAAACCACAAGUAGACUACUAGAAUAGUAUCAUUCAAAAUGACUUUCCGUUGUGUUCCUACAUUCCAAGCUGUGUCCAAUGAUAGUAGCGCCACCUGGGAGCGCCUGGGCGGCGGCGGGCUGGGCCUGGGCGGCGGCGGCUUCCGCGGCGGCGGGCAGCCCUCGCUCGCCGACUUCCAGCCGCCCUACUUCCCGCCGCCCUUCGCCCCCGCACCGCACCCCGCCAGCCCGCACCAUCAGCAACAGAACCAUGGCAUGGAAUACAGCGGCGGCGGCGAGGCGUACGCGCAGCACUACGCGCCGCAACAGCUCCUGCCGCGCCACCACACGCACCACGAACACGCGCGAUUGCAUCGCGACCAUCACGACAUUCAUACACACCAUUUGGGGCACAGCGGUUUCGGCUACGGCGGUGGCGAGCGGCGCGCUGACUACGGAGCGAGGGAGCAGCAUGAGAUCGCACUGCACCACGCACUGCACUCCGAGGAGGCGCCGAAUGCCGGCAUGGAUGAUACUACAGGGUUCAUGACUGAUCUACCUUUAUUAAAAACGAUAAAAGGGCGCGACGGCCUCGGCGGCUCGUGCGCUCCCAACGACGUGUUCUGCUCAGUACCCGGACGGUUGUCACUGCUGUCCUCGACCAGCAAGUACAAAGUGACAGUGGGGGAGGUGCAACGUCGGUUGUCACCCCCAGAAUGCCUGAACGCAUCGCUGCUAGGCGGAGUACUACGCCGAGCGAAGAGCAAAAAUGGCGGCCGCCUACUGCGGGAGAAGCUGGAAAAGAUAGGACUGAACCUGCCGGCGGGGAGGCGGAAAGCUGCCAACGUCACCCUGCUCACUAGCCUGGUCGAAGCGGAGGCGGUGCACCUGGCGCGCGACUUCGGCUACGUGUGCGAGACGGAGUUCCCGGCGCGCGCGCUGGCGGAGUACCUCGCGCGCCAGUACGCGGAGCACGACGCGCGGCGGCGGCGCGACCUGCUGCAGGCCACGAAGCAGGUGACCAAGGAGCUAAUGGACCUCCUGAACCAGGAUCGUUCACCGCUCUGUAAUACCCGGCCGCCGCACUUACUGGAGCCGGCCAUACAACGGCACCUCACGCACUUCUCGCUCAUCUCACACGGCUUCGGUGGACCGGCCAUCGUGGCGGCGCUGACUGCUAUACAGAAUUUCCUAAACGAGUCUCUCAAGCAUUUAGACAAAUUAUACCCCCAAACCGGUAUGGUUUCGUCGUCGAUGGACAAAACCAAAAUGGACCCCGACAUCAAGAAGUAGCACCAACAUAACGGCGGAAACGUCGGCCGCACCACAGAGUGUAACCAUCUGACCAGGAAACUGUCCAUACGGACGCGGAUUACUUCAUAUCAAUCAUAUCGUUCUACUGCCAACAUACAAAACUUAACAGAAGAUUGCGUAUUUAUUUUUAUGAUGAUCUUCGUUUGUGGCCCGCAUACAAAUAAAGUGCAAUUAUAAUACUCAAGAUUGUGAGAUUUGUAAAUAUAGAUUUUAAAAUGAA